AGGUCGAGUUUACGUCCCCAUCUCUUACUAACCGGCCCAAAAUAACCUUUCCGCUGCUUUCCACCCCAUAAUUACUUGGACAGCAGCUCGGUUCAUUUGAAGGGAGCUUCUUUCCACCGAACAAAGCCUUUCGAAUCAUAGCAAAUUCUCAAUACCAUGGGCAGCGAAUAUGGCGACCAGCAGAGAAAUGAUCAACCCAACCCGACCCUGACAGCUAAACUGGGGGCGCGCAAGAAGAUCCGCCCCACUUAUUCAUGCUUAAACUGCCACAAACGCAAAGUCAAGUGCGACCGGGUGAAACCAUGCGGUGCUUGCUGCCUUCGGGGAACGCCCUCGGAGUGUGAAUAUGGCACCAGCAAAAAGGACCGACACUAUAUCGAACAAUCCGCCUUGAUCGAGAACCUCAUGCAAACAUGCGAGAGCCUCAAGCAGCAGCUCGCAGAGGCCCGUCAAUUGGCCAACUUACCCCCCGUAAAAGCUGAAGACACUGGCAGUAGCUCUUUAUAUCAAAUUAAACCCAAUGACAGCGACGAUGGUGAAAGACAAGAUGACCAGGCAGCGCAUCCGGGACAAGUGCGGCACGACACACGAUAUUCUCCCGACCCUUCAGGGGUGAGUACAGGGGAUUGUACUGGGUCGCAGAGAGAAUGUAUGUACCCAUGAUUCCGAAUCAUAACCGUAAUUCUCGACCGCCACGGCUUCACCUUGAUCGGUCUCUCUAUGUCGUUCCAUCAGUAUUAAUCCUA